AUGAAAUCGCUGUACAGCUCCGGUAGAGCAGAUUUUUACCAUUUGAACGAAGAAAUUGGAGUUCCGUUUUGGGAGAAAAAAGACGUGCAGAAUGCCCGUCUGGAAAAGAAUAGUCAUUGUGUAAUAUCUUCCGAUAACAGAGGCUCCGAUGACGACUUCUCCGAGAUUGUGAAGGUGUCGCUCGGCUCUUUGAGCGAUAAUGAUGAAGACAUGGGACAAGACUUUGAAGGGUUUAAGGAUGAUGAUACACAGUUUUACAUUCUUAUUCAUUGGGGUCAUAAGGCCAGUCUGUAUAAUUAG